AGAUGCCUUAGACGGCAAAGAAAAGAGGAGUUUGCACUGCUCGUUUCUCUUUCGCCUGCUCAAGACUGUCAAUCCAGUGGAGCUUCAAGUAACGUAAAUGACUGAGCGAUGACAUCUCUGCAGACAUGGCCUCUCUCAUUGCUGCUUGUUUUUGCAGUACAUUGUUCGAAUUCACUUGAAGAUAACAAGAUUCCCAGUUUGUGCACAGGAAGCCCAGGUAUCCCAGGAUCCCCUGGGUUGCACGGGAGCCCCGGUCAGCCUGGCAGGGAUGGACGAGAUGGCCGUGAUGCUCAACCAGGAGAGAAAGGAGAAAGAGGGGAGAGCGGAGAACUAGGUCAACCGGGCGUGAGGGGCCUCACAGGAGACCGAGGGGAUCCAGGAGAAAAAGGUGAGCGAGGAGCCCCAGGCGAGUGUGCAGUGGCCCCUAAAUCAGCCUUUAGCGCCAAACUGUCAGAGGCUCGCACGACUCCAUUGACUGUAGGUGACUCGGUGCGCUUCGACAAGGUCAUUUUGAACGAGCAGGGUGACUACAAUCCAGAAACCGGGCGUUUCACCUGCAGAGUGCCAGGUGUUUAUUACUUUGCCGUUCACGCCACCGUCUACCGCUCCAGCUUGCAGUUUGACCUCAUGAAGAACGGGCACACCGUGGCUUCCUACUUUCAGAUUUUUGGGAACUGGUCCAAACCAGCGUCACUGUCUGGAGGAACACUAGUGCACUUGAUUCCUGGUGAUCAGGUUUGGGUGCAGAUGGCUCUGGGCGAGUACAUCGGUUUUUACUCCAGCUCAAAGACAGACAGCACGUUCACUGGUUUCCUAGUGUACUCAGACUGGAAAAACUCUGCUGUUUUUGCCUAGAUUAAAAUCACACUGCAGGGUUCAGCAAUUUGAAAGUAAUAGGACAAAGGCCUUUGAUUGGCCUUCAGUAAUAUGGUUAAUAUGAACGGCACAGAUGACCCCAUUCUAAUCAUAUGUAGUGACACUGAAUAAAAAGGCUAAAAUGUUGCCAUGUAAAGAAUGAAAGCAUUAAAGUUAUUACUGAAAAAUACUGCUUCACAAAUAUGGAAUAAAAACUGAAAUAGUGAAAAA